AUGGUCAAGCCUGUUAGACAAAGGCCGCCACGCAAGCCACUUACCACUACACAGGCCUGGACUAAAGUAGAGACCACCGCCUACCGUCUUGGCGCUGCCGAGUAUCUUGGAAACAAAGACUCCAACCGUAUUUCCAAAGCAUUUCUUUUGCUAAAUCAUCCGCCACAAUCUACCAGUCACCGAAAAUAUCGACUCUUUCUUCUCCGGAAAGAAAUAUGCGGCCCUCAAGGCUUACGCUUGUGCGCCGUCGCGCUUGGCCAUGACCAUAUCAGAGACACGAGUAAUGGCCACCGUGAUGCGCUCCUCGAUAAGCUGGGCGAGAUGAGACACCAGCCAUUGAUCAAAAACUCGUCGUUUCGCUCGGACGAUACCCAAGAAGAUGGACCAUUGAAUGGUAAGCAUUGA